UUUGUACUUGACUGUUUCUGUCAAUGUGUCUUCCUGGAAAUCUCGUAGGCGUUUUUAACCCAUUGUUCAUAAUUUUUACCAGAGCCAUGGAGAAAACUUGUUACUUUUUUCAAAUACCAACGGAAGUUAUGUGCAUGAUUGUUAGUCACUUAUCUAUACACGACAGAAUCUCUUUCAAAUUCGCAUAUCCACAUUUUUUCUGCCAGCAUAGGCACAUAAAUGUCAGGGAAGCAUUUGCUUGCAGUGAAGAAAACAUAGAAAAAAUACUUCACAAUUAUAACCCAGAUGUGGUAACCAAAUUGGAUUUUAACUAUUGCUACUGGUUAUCAGGAAAAGAAAUAAGUGAUUUUGCAAGAAGUUGCACCAAUCUCAAAGAGCUAUCUGUGGCACAUACAAACAUUGACAUUAGUGACGUAGCUGAAGUGUUGAGUGAGAAUGUCAAGCUAUCCAAACUGUCCCUCAGCAUUACAAACCCAGAUAGCUAUUGGUGUACAGAACAGUCUGUUAUUGAUUGCCUACAACAGCACCAAGAGGAUUCUGAAGAAAUGUCUAGCAAAAUGAUUUGGCAAAAUCUUCUAUCAUUGUCUCAACUAGGAACAGCUAAAGAGUCUUUGGCUCAACUUAGCUACUUAGAUCUUCACACUGGACAUAACCCUGUUAUUCUAGGGACAAUAUUGAGUGCAUGCAAAAAUUUGGAGAAUCUUUCUAUACAGCUGACUGUUGAACAAGAAAAACUUGUCUAUCCUGAAGAUUUAAAAAUAGAAGAUUGGCCUUCAAGAAAAACCAUCAGCAACUUGCUUGAAUCUUUUGCUGUGGACAGUGUGGAACGGUACAGUCCCCUCCCACCACGUUCUUUAAAAUCCAUUGUUGUGUUAGUUCACAACAAAAGUAGGACUAUGGAAGGUCCAAUGGAACAAUUUAUUCAGAAGAUAGUUGAUAAAAGUUCUAGCUACAUACAGUGCUUAUGGGCAGCCAUACCUUUCUUAACAUUGCGCGAUAUGGGAUUCAGUAUUAAGAAUAUGAUUGCUUGGAAGGAAACGAAAAAUUUUAGUGAUAUCGUCUUACGACAGAAACGUCUACCUUUUAUGGAGAGCCUUGCGUGUAACAAGUAUAUGCAAAGAGGCGACUUUAAUUCGCCACACCUAAAACAAAUUGAGUGCGGAUUUUGGAAAGAUAAUUUUGCGAGUUUUUGCCGAGCUCAUCCGUUGCUGGAAAGAUUGCGAUUAAACAAGCGCCCUUGUGAAGUUUCAGAGCUUUAUAGCAUCAUCGAUUGGAGUCGCUUACCACCAAUACGAGUCCUAUCGCUCCAUUCACGAAUUAUUUACGCGUCAGACUAUUUGCAAAACAGCUGGAUGAGAAAUCGAGCUGAAAGGGCAUUGUGCAUGCUACUCAAUAAAUGCCCGUCAUUAGAAGAACUUGAAAUUUGUCCCGAUUUUAAUGAAAGCCCAGACGCCUUGAUAAGGAAUUCGCGGGAAACAUUUCUCACAGCCGAUUCGCUUUCUGGAUUGACGCUAUGUCAAAAUUUAAAGAAGUUUUCGCUUGUUUCCGUGAAGAUAUCGUACAAGCAAGAAGAAAUCAACGACACCUCACUACUGGAGGAGAUUGUAACAAAAUGUCCUAAUCUCGAAUCAUUGAAAAUCCAAGACUUGAGUAUCGGUUUAACGCAUAAUGGUGCCAAUGAGCGCAAAAAUUCCGUUUUGGAAACGCUUUAUUGGUCGUGCAUAGAGAGAUGCUGUUUGACACUACGAUCAGCCCACAAACUCCGUUUACUGAGGUGGAAAAUGCGCAUCGUUUCACAAGCCUUUGACCAGUUAAUCCGCUUAUUAGCCUAUUGCCCUUCGCUGGUCCAACUGGGAUUGGUUGCAAGUUCCGUUCACUGUGGGCUGGACAUGUACUCAUGGAACGAAACAAUGUUCGCGGCAUUUUUCGUUGAAUUCGUUCAACAUUUGCCGAAACUAAUUGCUCUUUUAGUCGUCCUUCCCGGUGCUCCAACGUCGCAUUGCAUAGCAGCCACCGCAGCUCUGGAGUCCACCUAUCGUUCAACUCGCCCGUGUUUCUGUGCGCAAAUCACGGACAGUCUGAGCAGUGCUAAUCCCCCUAGUUUGCCCUGGAUACACUAUCAAGCGCUGGCCUGCGAUUCGUACCCAUCCGUUGGUGAGUUACCCUAUCAUUUUACGACAUCCGACAGUCAUUACUGAUUCCCUUGUUGAGAUCUCAUUUAUUGACAUUUGCAAAUUGACGUUCAAAUUUAUCGACAUUAUUUUCAAUGAACUUGGCCCUUUUCAACUGCUGGACAAAAUUUAAUUAAAAUUGACUUAUGAUGGGACGGACGUGUAAUAAUCGUAUAGUUUUGCGAAUAUUUUGAUCUGACUGCGCGAAAAAAGAUGCCUGUGUCUUAACGAUUUUUUGUAUAUUCCGUUAUCGAGUUUACUAUACAAUUGUU